AGUACCACAACAUAGCCCAAAUCGUACCUAGCCGCCGAAUGCGAAUGUGUUUUCGCCUCAGGUCGUACCAGAGCUAGAGAAAAAAAAACUCGUGUCGUUUUUUUCGGUCCUCUUAAGCAUCAGUACUCGGCACAACAUCGUCUGAAAAUAAACUAUGUAAUCCUAAGGGGAUAUAUUUCGUACCUUUCAAUUUUCUCCAUCCAAAAAUAAUGGCAAAAACCAACCCUGGACCCUUUUCAAGUCGUACGGAGUUUCUUACGGACGAUACUAUCGAUGGAUUGAGGUACAGUCGUAAUGGGGGUUGUUUUGUGACAACCAAGAAGGCCAUUGCGUUUGUGGUGCUAGCAUUGGCGUCGCUGUGUUGUGUUAUUGUGCUCAUGUACUACUAUGGACCGAAUACCAAAUUGGAAAUGUUACAAAGAGGUGGUACCGCCGAUAUAGAACAACUCCUUAACGAAACCAUUAACGAACAAACUCCCCAAGAGGAUCUACGACUUCCUACUGACCUCCAUCCAAUCCACUAUCGUCUGAUUCUGCAUCCAAUAUUGGACGAGGCAUCACCAAACAACUUCACGUUUACAGGCAGAGUCAAAAUCUUGUUCAAUUGUACAUCACCGACAGAUAAAAUAGUUUUGAACUGGGAUGACGAACUCAGCAUACUAGAUGCAGACAUCAAAGUGGUCACUGUCAAGCAUGAAGAACUAGGUUCUAGGAAAAAUAUAUCGAGAAGAGCUAUAGAUGAGUCGGAAAUGGUUGAGGAUGAAAUUGAAAGUACUACAAUGGAAUCUGAAGAAGUUACCACUGAAGUUGUUCCAGAAACAACUCCAGAAAAGAUUCUCAUUUCAUCAGAACUCGUUAAUAUACCGGUUGCUUCGAUCAUCAGGGAUCCAAAAAACUUUAAACUGUCUGUCAAGCUUUACGAACUUAUGCAUCAAGGAAGAACCUACACAGUUGACAUCAAAUUCUCUGGGAAUAUCACUAAUAACUUGAUUGGUUUGUACAGAACAAGUUACACAGACCUUUCUGGCAACGUCAGAUGGUUAGCAACAACACAGUUUGCUUCAGUCUAUGCCAGAACAGUUUUUCCUUGUUUUGACGAACCGUCUUUCAAGGCAUCGUUUGAAAUCAGUAUCGCUAGACAUACAAACAUGACCGUGCUUUCUAACAUGCCUUUAAAAGAAAUUGAACCAAUGAAUGAAACUGGAUGGGUCUGGGACCAUUUCGAAGCUUCACCCCCAAUGUCUACAUACUUGGUAGCAUUUACCAUAAGCGAUUUUGAAUACUUAUCAGCCAAUUCCAGUACAGGCACUGUUUUCAAAGUCUGGGCACCAAAAGACGACUUACCCAAGGCACAAUACGCCUUGGAAUCUGCCCAGGAAAUUUUACCAUUCUUCGAAAAGUAUUUUGGAAUUAAAUACCCUUUACCCAAGUUGGAUUUAGUGGCUAUACCAAGUUUUGGUAUGGAUGCCAUGGAGAAUUGGGGUUUAAUUCUUUUUAGAAAGUCAACUUUACUUUUUGAUCCAUCUUCGAGAAGCAUCAAAACAAAAAGUCUUAUUUUUUCAAAGAUAGCUCAUGAAGUUGCGCAUCAAUGGUUUGGAAAUCUUGUUUCUGUCGAAUGGUGGUCUGAUCUCUGGCUUAAUGAAGGUUUUGGUACCUUCAUGGCUGAAGUUACAUUAAGCAGUUUGAGACCAAGAUGGCAUGCCUACAGCAGUUUGCAGCUUAGAAAUUCUUAUAAGACCUUAUAUUAUGACAGUUUAAAAUCUACACACAGCAUUGAAACUAAAAUUAGCAGUAACGCGCAAAUUGAACAAAUUUUUGACAUUAUAGUAACAUCAAAAGGAAGCAGUAUAUUGAAAAUGUUAAACUAUACCUUAACAAAAGAAGUUUUCCAAAAAACUUUACAUAAUUAUCUGAAAAAAUUCUCAUAUAAAUCAACCAAUCAGGACGAUCUAUGGGGACUAUUCACGAGAAGAGCUCACAACCAAAGUAUUAUUCCAGAAAACAUCACGAUAGAAGCUCUUAUGAAUUCCUGGACCACACAGAGCGGAUAUCCAGUUAUAACAGUGUCCAAAAACUAUACUGCAGGAGUACUAAACAUUAACCAAACAAAGAUGAUGGAGGAUUUGAACAGUACUUCAACAAACCUCUGGUACGUUCCUGUAACAUAUAUCACCAAAAACAACAAAAGCGUUCAAAGUAUUUGGCUGGAAAAUACGACAAAGGAAGUCAAUUUAGAAUUUGAUCCAGAAUGGGAAAACGAUACCUGGAUUCUGGCAAAUAUAGAAGAAACAGGCUUUUUUAGAGUAAACUACGACUAUCAUAAUUGGAACUUACUGAGUCAGCAACUCAGAAGAAACCCUAAUAGGAUACCUGUCUCGAACAGAGGACAUCUGAUUGAUGAUGCUUUUCAACUGGCAAACACAGGACUAAUUAACUAUACUAUCGCUUUAAAUUUGGUAAAAUAUCUUAACAUUGCAGAGAUCAACUACGUACCUUGGUACGCAGCUCUCAGAAAUAUGGAGGAACUCAGAGUUAUCAUUAGUAACUACGAGUACUCUGGAUUGUACGAUAACUUUAUCUUGAGAUUGGUGAAGCCUAUUUUUGAUGAGAUGGGCACAACAGAAAGAUCUAGUGAUACACAAAAUGAGAAACUGCUUCGUCUCUUAAUUGUAACUUCUGCCUGUAAGUUGAGGUAUUGGAAGUGUAGCCAGUGGUCUCGAACUCUCUACGCUCAGUGGAUGACAAUGCCCAAUCCUGAUGAAAGCAACAUAAUCAACGUGGACUAUAGAUACAUUGUUCAGUGUUCAGCCAUCAAUUCUGGAGGUCCUGAAGAAUGGAACUUUUUGUGGAACAGAACAAAGUCCCCCUCAAUGUCCCCGAUGGAUCUAGAAACAGCUUAUAUGAGCUUAGGUUGCACCUAUGAUCCUUGGUUGAUCAACAGGUAUUUGGAAUAUUCUCUUGAUGGAAACAUGACCCUAGAAAACGUCCAAAACGUCUGGAAAUCAAUAAACCACCCUGUAGGUGUCAGAACAGGGUUCCAGUUCUUAAGAUUGAACUGGCAGAGGAUAUUCGAAGCCUACGAAGAUAUUUUCCCAGUUUUCAGUACGAUUUUCCAAGAUUUCGUGUCCCAGCUUUCAACAGAAAUAGAUUUAGAAGACUUAACAACGUUCUAUAUGUUGCACCAGACCGAUCUCAAGUCAGUAGCCAGUAUUUUGCAAAGCUCAGUGGAUCAGAUGAAAGUGCGGAUUAAGUGGAAGCAGAAACAUCUAGCUUCGGUGAUCAAUUGGAUCAAACAAAAUAAAUACCAGUGAGAUAAAUACCAUACAAUUAAAAUAAAAUGGUCUUUGAAAUGGCGUUCACUGUUAAUUUAUAUCGGGUCCAGCUUUAUUUAAUCUACUCUAAAAUAUAUUCGUAUCUGAGAAUUUUCC